CCCUGACUUCAAUUCUAUAACGUUAGAGUAACUGUUUUGAACGCGACUCUUCGAACUAGAUUCUAUUCAUCUACAACAACCUCGAAUGGACAAAGUGACAAAGCUCCUAGCCAGCAACCCGAGCACAACCGCAUAUGUCGCGGGCGUCGCCGUGCUCGUUCUGGCUCCUCAGAUCGUUGCUGUCCCCGCACUGGGCGCUAUUGGCUUUGGAGCCAAAGGUGUCGCCGCAGGUUCGUGUUCUCCCUCAGUCGACUUCCGAGUUUCUGCUCUGGUCGGCAACCGGCUGGGAGACGAAUUGGCAUUAUUGACUUACGUUCCUCUCUAAAUAAAUCCAGGUUCAAUUGCUGCUAGCGUCCAGAGCAUGAUUGGGAACGUUGCUGCUGGGAGCGCGUUUGCGACUCUCCAGUGUGCAGGUGCGGGUGGAGCUGGUGCCGCAGUCGUGAAUGGGGCCAUCCAGGCUGUUGGUGUGGUGGG